GUUUCCCCUCCCUCCAUUUUCACUGUAUUCCCUCUCAAACUGCACCGCGGUACUCUCCGGAUGUCGCCGCCGUUAUUCUUCCCGCCGGCGUCUCUACGAACUUCUCUCCAUCUCUCGAAUCUUUUCCCUCGAUGCUGAUUUGCCCGUCUACCCACUUCGGCCGUUCUCGUCUGCUUCAUUCCCUUUCCUUCAACGCCCUGAAGGCCUCCGCCGCAGCGGGUUCCUCUCACAGCCUCGUGAUCAAGUUGGGUUUGGUUAAUCAACUCUCUGUCCAGAACAAAGUUUUGGGAUUAUAUGUCAGAUGCAAGAAAUUCAAAGAUGCACGGAAACUGUUCGAUGAAAUGUCUAGGCGAAAUGUUGUGUCGUGGAACACGGUGAUUUGUGGGCUUGUCGAUUGUGGGUAUGGAGGUGAGUUUAAAACGAGGCAGCAUCCGAAUAUUUCGUUUUUCAAGGAGAUGUUGCUGGCGAGGGUAGACCCGGAUGGUGUAACGUUUAAUGGGUUGUUGCGGUCUUGUGUUGUGUUGAACGAUGUUGAAAGUGGUAGGCAAUUGCAUGGUCUUGUGAUGAAAGUUGGGUUUGAUUUGGAUUGUUUUGUGGGGAGUGCUGUGGUAGACUUUUAUGCAAAAUGUGGGUUAUAUGAAGAUGCAAGAUUAGCUUUUGGCUGCAUACUGUAUAGAGAUCUGGUUUUGUGGAAUGUGAUGUUGUAUUGUUAUGUUUUCAAUUAUUUGGGGAGAGGGGCGAUUGAAAUCUUUUAUUUGAUGCAGUUGGAAGGCUUUAGAGGUGAUGAUUUUACAUUCAGCAGCCUGCUCAGUUCAUGCAAUUUUAUAGGAUCAGGGGAAUUGGGUAAGCAGAUUCAUGGUCUUCUUAUAAAACAGUCAUUUGAUUUAGAUAUUCUUGUGGCAAGCUCACUUGUAAAUAUGUAUGCUAAAAACAAUAGUUUACAUAAUGCCCGCAAGGUUUUAGAUGAAAUGCCGACUAAAAAUUCUGUGUCUUGGACCACUAUGAUUGUGGGGUAUGGGCAGCAAGAAGAUGGGAAGGAGGCAGUGCGACUGUUUGGGAGAAUGUUUCGGGAAGAUUAUUGUCCGGAUGAGUUAACUUUUGCUAGCGUGCUGAGUUCAUGUGGCUUUAUAUCUGGGGCUAGUGAGCUGAAGCAAGUUCAUUCCUGCUUGCUAAAAUUUGGUUUCGAAGCAUUUUUGUCGAUUAAUAAUGGUUUGAUAACUGCAUACUCUAAGUGUGGUAGUGUGGCUGCUGCGUUACGAUGCUUUAGCUUAAUUGCAGAGCCGGAUUUGGUAACAUGGACAUCGAUAAUAUGUGGUCUUGCGUUCUGUGGCCUUGAAAGGGAUGCGGUUGAGUUGUUUGAGAAGAUGUUAUCUUAUGGCAUUAGACCAGAUAGAAUUGCCUUUCUUGGAGUUCUCUCUGCCUGUAGUCAUGGGGGAUUAGUAAACAUGGGGCUUCACUACUUCAACUUAAUGACGAAUGGGUACCAAAUUGUUCCCGAUUCAGAGCAUUUAACAUGCCUCAUUGACCUGAUCGGUAGAGCGGGUCUUCUAGAUGAGGCUUUUGAUCUUUUGAAAUCGGUGCCAAAGGAAGCUGGAUCAGAUGCUUUCGGGGCAUUCAUUCGGGCAUGUAGAACUCAUGGUAACCCAAGGUUAGCCAAAUGGACCAUGGAAUUUUCAUCAGAGCCAAAAGAACCUGUGAAUUACUCUCUAAUGUCGAAUAUGUAUGCUUCUGAAGGUAGCUGGUCAGACGUGGCGAGAAUGCGCAAACUUAUGAAGGAUAGUUGUGAACGGAAAUCCCCAGGCUAUAGUUGGAUAGAGAUUGCUGGUUUUAACCAUUUGUUCGUAUCAAGUGAUAGAUCUCACCCGCAGUCUUUAGAUCUUUAUGUGAUGGUGGGAUUGUUACUAAACACGACAAAGAAAGAUUACAUUUCGAUAGCGUCCAAGGUCGAUCUUGCUCCCGAAUGAAUGCCGAAGCUCAAUUGAUCUCAAGUUUCUGUUGGAAUUGCACAUCCCUGUUCGAUAUUCGUCAAAACUAACGUGAUUGGACAGCUCUAAAAGCUCGUAUCAUCGACGAUAAAUUUUCCCCAAAAUGAGGAUGAGUCAAUUUGGGUGCAAAGAUGCAGAAAAAGGUCCAGAGACGUUGAAAUAUUUGAUGUCUACAAUCUUGAAACAGUCUGGAUUCUUGCCUAAUUUAAAACAAGCACCAAACUGAUGCUUUUCUUUACGUUUCGGUCAAUUUGAAACAUCAAUGAGUGUUCAACAACUCCCAGUCUCUGAAGACUUCCCUAACCAAUUGAAGUUGAGUGAAAGUGUAACACUAUAGCAAUGGCCACUGAAUUAAUAUGAAUUAU